AUGACCACCAUGGAGAACGACAAGGUUGAGAGCGCCGCAAAGAUCGAACAUGCUGACGACAGUACCGAUACCCUCGAGAAAGCGAUCCACGAAGAACGCGGUGAACCCAACGAUGAAGACUUGCCUAGAUACAAUGACAAAGAAACCACCAAGAUCUUGCGAAAGGUCGAUUAUCGCCUUGUACCGAUGUUGACACUGCUGUAUCUGCUGGCGUUCUUGGAUCGAGGCAAUAUUGGCAACGCAAAAGUCGCUGGCAUGAACGAGACACUGCAAUUGACCGGCACACAGUAUAACUUGGCGUUGACAGUCUUCUUCUUUCCCUACGCAAUAUUCGAAGUGCCGAGCAAUAUCGUGCUCAAGCUGGUCCGGCCUUCGACAUGGAUCAUGAUACUGAUGGUAUCGUGGGGCGUAGUCAUGACAUGCCAAGGCAUCGUCAAGGACUACAAGCAGCUCUACGUUACGAGAAUCCUGCUUGGUCUCACUGAGGCUGGCUUCUUUCCGGCAGCAUCCUAUCUUCUUACGACUUGGUACUGUCGUUUCGAGGUGCAGACACGUCUGGCAGUUUUCUUCAGUGCGGCAUCCCUAGCCGGCGCGUUCUCAGGCAUUCUCGCAUUCGGCAUCGAGAAGAUGGACGGCGUGGCCGGGCUGGAAGGGUGGCGAUGGAUCUUCAUACUCGAAGGCAUCGUCACGGUUGUGGUGGGCUGCACGCUUCGUUGGACAUUACCAGACUCACCCGAAACUGCUUCCUUCCUGACUGCCCAGCAGAAAUCCGUGAUUGAACGCCGCUUGAUGCAAGAUGCCGGGACAAAAGCCGGCCAUGUCAACACGCGCGAUGGCUUCUCGUGGCAUUUCCUCAAAGAAUCACUCCUCGAAUGGAAGAUCUGGCUUGCUGUCAUCAUUUACUGGGGCAACUCAAUCUGUCUCUAUGGCUUCACGUUGACCGCCCCUACAAUCAUCCUCGGACUUGGCUACGAGACAUGGCAAGCACAACUUCUGACCGUACCCAUCUAUGUGCUUGGUGCGAUAUCGACGGUGUUCUUCAGCUGGCUGGCUGACAGGAAUCAAGUGCGUUGGCCUUUCAUCGUGGGUCCCUACAGUAUUGCGAUCUGCUGCUUUAUCGCGCUCCUGGCAAUCCCGCAUCCAAGAUACCCUGGGCUCACAUACGCAUUCCUGUUCGGUAUUCCUGCCGGAGUGUACCCUCCUUUGAUCACGAUCCUGAGCUGGGUCGGCAACAACCUCGCACCUACAUGGAAACGGGCAAUCGGAAUGGCUCUGCUCAUCAGCAUUGGCAAUCUAUGUGGUGCGAUAGGAUCAAACAUCUACCUUUCAUCACAAGCUCCCAAGUAUCCUCUCGGGUUUGGUUUGUGCUUGGGGAUCCUCUCAGCCGCAGUCAUAGCGACAAUGCUACUCAGGAUCGCAUACACUAAGAUCAACAAGAGCCGGGACCAGAUGAGUGAGGAAGAGGUUAGAGCGACGUACACGAAGGCACAGUUGCUGGACAUGGGCGACAAAAGCCCUCUGUACCGAUAUGUUGUUUAG